CCGCCCUCCUGGGACUCCUGGGAGGUGAACGCGACCUGGGCGUCGCCGUACGGCAACGACUCGCAGCCCUACGACCUGGCGGGCGGGCUCCACGGCCACAACAACUGGUGGGCGCUCCUGGCGCUGUUCCUGGUGCUGGCCACCGCGGCCGGCAACAUCCUCGUGUGCCUCGCCAUCACCUGGGAGCGCCGCCUGCAGAACGUCACCAACUACUUCCUCAUGUCGCUCGCCAUCACCGACCUCAUGGUGGCGGUGCUCGUCAUGCCCGUCGGCAUCCUUACCCUCGUUAAAGGUUUUUUUCCGCUGCCGUCCGUGUACUGCCUGGUCUGGAUCUGCCUGGACGUGUUGUUCUGCACUGCCUCCAUCAUGCACCUUUGCACCAUCUCUGUGGACCGAUACCUCAGUCUACGCUACCCCAUGCGCUUUGGCCGCAACAAGACCCGGCGACGCGUCACUCUCAAGAUAGUCUUUGUCUGGCUGCUCUCCAUCGCCAUGAGUCUGCCUCUCAGCCUCAUGUACUCACAGAACCAAGACUCGGUGCUGAUCGACGGAACGUGCCAGAUCCCGGACCCGCUGUACAAGCUAAUUGGCAGCAUCGUGUGCUUCUACAUCCCGCUGGGCGUGAUGCUGCUCACCUACGCGCUCACCGUGCGCCUGCUCGCGCUCCAGCAGCAGAGCCUCUGCGGCGGCAAGGGCUGGAGCCCCGGCUGGAUCCCCUCGGCUGGGCCCACGCCAGGCAUGGAGCGGCGCAAGUGGCGGCGCCUGCUCAACAACCGCGGGCCGGGCCCGCCGUCGGCGUGCUCCACGCCCCAGCACAUGCAGCACAUCGCGUCCACCGACACGGAGCUCACCACCUUGGACACGCACGAGCUCUGGCUUCCGGAGAGCUCCGUGCCCGAGCCCACGCCCUCCACCAUGUCCGCCCUGCACCAGUUUGGCGUCGAGAUGCUCAAACUGUCGCGGGGGCUGGGCGCGCCGGGCGGUGGCGAGGCGGGCGGCUCCGGCGGCGAGGAGGAGGACGAGGAUGACGAGGACGACGAGCACCACCUGCACCGUGACAUGCCACGGGGCCACGGCCUGCCGCUGCCCCUGCCCCUGCCGCUCCCGGGCCUCGGCCUGGUCACGCGCGCGCGCAGCGACAGCUUCCGGGAGAAGUCGGCGACCUCGCCGACACCCUCGGUGCACUCGGUGAGCCUCGGCGAGUCUGCGCUCAACACCCCGCCCGCGCGGCGGCACGACUCUGCCCACCGACACCAGCACCGUCACCACCACCUCCAGGACGACAACGCCCACGACUCCACCGCAGAGGAGGACGGCGAGGACGCGUCUCUCGUGCGGCGGCGGACGCACAGCUUCCACGAGCAGAGGGGCCACCGGGUGCGGCAGGAUGGUGGGGUCACCCUGGCCGUGCCGCAGCUCAAUGCCCCCGAGACCCCGAGGGAUCCCCCGCGGAUGUCCGCCGCCGCCACCGCCGCCGCGCCUGCCCGGAGCUCGACGCGGAGCUCGACCCGCAGCCUUGGCCGCAGCCCCGAACCCACGUUGCCGUUGCCGCCGCCAUGCACCUGCCCGUACUUCGGGGAGGGCGCGGACAAGCGGGCGGCGGGCGCGCGCAGCAGCGAGAUCAUCAUCGUGCCCUCGAGCGACGGCGCCGGCCUCGACACCAACAAGCUGCACUCCAGCCUGCGCCAGCACCUCAGCAAGAGCUGCGACAUCCCCAAGGGCCCCGCGCCGGCGGGCGCCGCCCCAGGGCCACCCGCCACCCCCGUCAAGAUGAACAACAUGGUGGUCACGUGGGAGCCCCGGGGGCCGGCGCUGCGCUCCAGCCUCAACGGGCUCAGCGGGGGCGGCGGUGGCGGUGGCGGUGGCGGCUGCCCUGGCAACGGGGGCGGCAGCGGCGGGAGCGUGAGGACGACCCUGGUGGCCGCCCCCAGCAGCAGCACCGAGUCGUCCCCGAGCCACCGGGGGAUGGGCACGCCCAGCCACCGACUGCCGCUGCUGCGCCGCGCCGCCACCGUCCGCUACCCCAACAACGGCGUGAGCCACUUCGCCAAGGAGGACUCGAUGGCGCUGCGCUACAGCUCGUCCAGCCUCUCCCGCACGGCCACCGUGCGCAGCCACCACUCGCGCAACUCGUCCGUCAUGUCCAGGACGUCCUCGCGCCACGGCCGCAUCAUCCGGCUCGAGCAGAAGGCCACCAAGGUGCUCGGGGUCGUCUUCUUCACCUUCGUCAUCCUGUGGGCGCCCUUCUUCGUGCUCAACCUGGUGCCGUCGCUCUGCGGGCUGGACUGCGAGCGCGACAUCCACCAGGCUGUCUUCGACUGUGCCACGUGGCUGGGGUACGCCUCGUCCAUGGUCAACCCCAUCUUCUACACCAUCUUCAACAAGGUGUUCCGCCAAGCCUUCAAGAAGGUGCUCAUGUGCCGCUACAAGAGCAAGUCGUGGAACCGAUGACAUGAGAGCGGCGUGGGGCUGCGGCGGCAGGCCAACGUAAGGGCGUCCAUAGCCAUCCCCAGGGGGCCCUCGAGGGGCGCGGCCCGGGUGCCCCCCACGACGACCACACGUCUCUAGGACACUCCCGGUAGAGUUAACAUGCAAAAAUUUAUUGUUGCUACGUCACGAUAUAAAUUUCAAUUUACCAGCGAAUAUCGCUCUCACGUAAAAUAACGCGUGAAUCCUUGGUAUGUUCUCGGUUCUGUUCAAAAAUUAUUUUGUUUACCUAAACAAAUCGAAGUGACGUAGUAGAAAUAAGUUUCUGACUAACAUGACAGGAGUACGCUGAAAUAAAUCUACCUACUAAAUGUUGGUCCUCAACGGUUGUGCUGAAAGACUCGUCUGCUGCCCGCAGUCCCCCGCUGCUAACAUACAAAUACAAAAGAACCCUUUUUUAUAUUAAAAAUAUAGUGCAUUGCUAGAAACGCUGGGAAUGACAAAUCAGUAGGCAUCCUGCCUUACGCCGGAAUCUUAAAGUGUUUGUGGCAAACCUAGUUUAGUUAGAGGUUUAGUUAUGUAAUCAAGAUUGUAAACAGCUACUCGACGAUUACUUCAAAUUUCAAAAACAGAAGUCUGUCUUGCCACGGCAUUGUAUAGUAUUAUUUUAUGGCAUUAGUGUGGAUUCAGAGUUCACGAAACGCAAGCGUUAUUUUCACGACAGGCGUGAUUUUCACGCUUCGUAAGCUUCACGCAGCCAAUCAGGAAUCGACUUUCAUCACGCCGGGCGUGAAAAUCACGCUUUGCGUGAGAAUCACGCGCGCUUUUAGGGAACUCUGAAUCCACCUUAAUGCAUUUAAAGAAGCCGAUUGCCAAAAAGACUUGAAAGGAAGGGUUGGCGAAAUCUGUGAUAGAUGUCAACAGUGCCAACACUGCCCAAACGAGGUGCCCGGAAACCAGUUCGGAGCGCUAGCCAAACCGUUGUGUAAAAGGGAAUAACAAGAAUUCAGGACUGUGGUUUGAAAAAGAUACAGAAUAAUGAAUAAGUAUAAAUCAUGAUUAUGAUAUUUUGACAAUCACGAUAUAGAUGAAUUUUCCCUAGUCUUUCAAUCAGAGAAUUAUAUGUGCCAUACUUAGAGUUACGAUUAACAAUUUGACUGAAAGGGUUUAGACUGAUGCAGCGAAUGUGCAACUCCUGAUAAACUUUAUGACGUAACACUAGGUUCGCUACCCGCCAAUCAAAGUCUCGCCCUUCGGCUGACACUAAAUAAGAAUCGUGUCAGAGUUUAAGCGAUAGAAAACUUCCAAUCGAAAUUUAGGUCAGUUUUGAAACGGCGCAGAUCUGCCAGUGUGAUGCAUCACUGGAUGGGGAUGGGCUGAGGCGGCCCGCCCCCCGCCCCGCAGCCAAAGGACACACAUGAUUAAUUUGCUGAUUGAAUGGGGCAGCGAGCUUCUCUUUAAUUGAGCGGGCUGGCUCAUUAUUCGCUGUUGUAUCUGUGUGCG